AGAAAUACUGAUCACGUGACUCACCCAAUGUCAUCAAAGUGAAUUUUUUUACUGUGUUCGAAGUGUUUCAGCUAAUUUUUCGCGGAAAGAAAUCACCAAUCAGUUUCGUAUCACAAAUCCCAAAACUUUAUAGAUAGAGCAAUUUCCAUUUAUUAUCAUGAACCCCCAUGUUAAGAAACACGAACUUUAACCUAACCAAAAAUUCAUCUUGAAAUCGGCGAAAGUUUAACAAACAUGGCGGCCGAAACAGGCACCUCCUAUUUUCAGUAUGUCAGCUAAAAGCGGGACACAGAAUGGAGUGAUGUUGAAGACGUCUAAACGACGGCUGUCAGCAGGGUCAGGGGGACAUGCGGGAGGUGCCAUGCCGAACUCGUUUCACUCCAAGGCAGAGAUAGAAGAAGCCCGGGAAGCCGUCAAGAAAGAAAUACGAAAAGAAAUGAAAAUCAAAGAAGGUGCGGAGAAGCUUCGCGAAGCAACAACUGAUAAGAAGAGUUUAGCACAUGUACAAACAAUUGUUAAGAAAGCUAACAAUAGGUUACAGGAAUUACAACAAGAGUUAAAUGAACUGAGCACCUACCUCCUCGUCUCAAACAGUCUUGGAGGAGAUAUCAUCGACGAUGUGAGAUCUCCAGAGAUUCACAAAGACUCGGGUGUGGUUAGGGGAGGUGAAGGGGAGGAUGACAGACCGAACCGACUUAUGUCGCUGGAAAAACAACUCAACAUUGAAAAUAAGGUUAAGCAGGGAGCAGAGAAUCUUAUAACCAUGUACAGCACCGGUUCAUCAAAGGAUCGGAAAUUAUUAGCCGAUGCCCAGCAGAUGUUAGCAGACUCUAAAACUAAAAUAGAAAUCAUACGUAUGCAGAUACUCAAAGUCAAUCAGGAUACCGCAUCCGCAGACGAUGCAUCACAAAGAUGUGAAGUGUUGUCUCCCCUUGAACUACGAAUAGAAGAAUUACGUCAUCACAUCAAGAUAGAAUCUGCGGUAAUGGAAGGUGCCAAAAAUGCUAUUAAACUUUUACAGAUGGCCAAAGAGAAAGAUAAAAAAGCCCUGCAAGAGGCACAGGCAAGUUUAUCGGAAUCCAAUUAUAAAUGUGAAUUGUUACGGAUCUCGAUGGAGAAACGAAUAAAUGAGCUUGGACCAAGCUCUUUGAAAAUAGACUUUUUGAAACAAGAAUUGGAUGCAAUGAGUCCAAAUUCUUAUAGUAACACUAAUAAACUGCAUAACAGUUUAAAACGUACCCAAAGUAAUUCACCGUUCGCUAAAGCUGCGGCACUAACGGGAAAACUUGAAGUUCGACUGGUAGGUUGUCAAGGUUUGUUAGAAGAAAUCCCAGGUAGACGGAAAGACAGUCUACAGUUAUUGGUAGCUAGUCCAGGAGAGAGUAAAAGUCUACUCAGAAAAUCUAAAUCCUACAAUGUCAAAGAGGAAUUAUCAAAUGAAGUAAUGGCUGUGAUCAAGCUGGACCACCAGCAGGUUGUUCAAACAUCGUGGAAAGCCAACAGUCAGCAGUGCUGGGAUCAUAGAGCUAGUAUAGACCUUGACAGGAGUAGGGAACUAGAAAUAGCAAUAUAUUGGAAAGAUUGGCGUCAGAUGGCGGCUGUCAAGUUUCUCCGACUAGAAGAUUUCCUUGACAAUCAGAGGCAUGGUAUUGCUAUACAUCUAGAACCACAAGGCAUUCUUUUUGCUGAGAUUACAUUUUUAAACCCAACCUUGUCUAGAAAACCAAAGCUUCAGAGACAAAGAAGAAUUUUCCCAAAACAUAAAGGAAAGAAUUUUCUCCGACCUGGUCAGAUGAAUAUAAAUGUUGCAACUUGGGGUCGGUUGAUGAAAAGAGCUAUCCCUCCACAGUGUGCAGAAUCUACUAGUGCUUUCAGUCCUCCAGCUGUUAAUACUGCUGUUCGACCUGCUGUCCACCCGAUGCAUUUUGAACCUGUUACGCCCAAUGAUAAGCAGCUCAAUAACCGACAUCAUUCCGAAACUCUCAACACUUCCAGAUCACCAGAAGGUCAAGAAAGAGAUAUACAGGAAGCAUUAAAGUCAUUAGAUUUUCUUGGCGAAGAUUCUUCUGGUCAUACAAUUGAUUUAGACUCUAUACCUGCCAACAAUGUGGGGUUACGUGUCCCCGCCUCACAGAUACCCCCUGCCAACUAUGCCAGUCCCCGAGCCCCAUCACCCCCGCCCCCAUUACCUGCAGAAGCCCCGCCCAUUAUUUAUGAUACACCAAGCAGAAAAUACCCGCCAGCAGUGCAACAGUCUCAACCAGAUUUUACUGGUCAAGCUGUAAAUAUGACAGAAUUUCGACCCAUCAGUGUUCUUGGUCGUGGCCAUUUUGGAAAGGUUAUAUUAUCAGAGUAUAAGAACACUGGGGAAUAUUUUGCCUUAAAAGCAUUAAAGAAAGGUGAGAUUAUAGCGCGAGACGAAGUGGAAAGCUUGAUGUCAGAGAAGAGAAUAUUUGAAGUGAUAAAUGCCAUGCGACAUCCGUACCUCGUUAACUUGUUUGCCUGCUUCCAGACUCAGGAGCACGUAAUAUUUGUGAUGGAAUAUGCAUGUGGAGGUGAUCUUAUGAUGCAUAUACACAAUGACGUGUUCACCGAACCUCGUACCGUGUUUUAUGCAGGCUGUGUUGUACUUGGGUUGCAAUAUCUACAUGAGCAUAAUGUUGUAUAUAGAGAUUUAAAGUUAGACAACUUACUGCUAGAUUCGGAAGGUUAUCUUAAGAUUGCUGACUUCGGCCUUUGUAAAGAAGGAAUGGGAUUCGGUGAUCGUACAAGUACGUUCUGUGGUACACCAGAGUUCCUUGCCCCUGAAGUUCUAACUGAACCAUCCUAUACUCGAGCCGUGGAUUGGUGGGGUCUUGGUGUUCUGAUAUUUGAAAUGCUUGUUGGAGAGUCUCCAUUCCCUGGUGAUGAUGAGGAGGAGGUGUUUGACAGUAUAGUAAAUGAGGAGGUGAAAUAUCCACGAUUUCUAUCCACAGAGGCCAUAGCUAUAAUGAGACGGUUAUUACGCCGUAACCCUGACAGAAGGUUGGGAUCCAGUGAGAGAGAUGCUGAAGAUGUGAAGAAGCAAGCAUUCUUCAGGAACCUGGACUGGAAUGAGUUGUUAAUGAGACGAGUAAAGCCACCAUUUGUUCCAACUGUUCGCCAUCCCGAAGAUGUUAGUAAUUUUGAUGACGAGUUUACUCAGGAAAAAGCUGUGUUAACACCGGCUAAGGAUCGAAGGAGCCUAAAUUUGGAAGAUCAAGACUUGUUCAAAGACUUUAACUAUAUUGCCGACUGGUGCUAGCACAAUGAAAAGGAAUUAGGAUUUACAACACUUCAUUGAGAACCAUUUUCAUAGAGUGUUAUUAAGGUGUCAUUAAAAUUGUGCCAGUUGCAUCUUCCUUGAUGAACACAAGUAAAAUCGCUGUUAGAAGUACGAUUUGUUCAAAACUUGGAAGAGAAAAUCUGACAGACAUCAUGUUGGCAAGGAAGAUAUACGGUUAUGCCCAAUGCUGCUAUCAUCUUUGGCUUGAAAGGGAGUUGAGUUGGUUCAGUGUCGAGUUAAUUUUAUUGCGUGGUGUUGAAUUUUUUACGCAGGAUUUUUGACACUAGCAAAAUCUGGAUACUUACCUCCUAUAUUAAGGAUUGUGUUAAUUUUCUAAGUUAUCUUUUAGCAAUACACUGCUGUAUAACAGUUUACAGUGUGUGUUUGAAAUCUUGACGUUCUUUUGAGUGUCGUGAAUACUGGGCGUUGCUUAUAUUUGUAAAGUAUUGGUAAUUUAUGUGAAAUCUAACAGUGCCAAUAUUGUCAGAUGCAUUGAAUAAUAAGUACUUACUUGGGAGAGAUUUACUUGCCAGGAGCGUUUGAAUUUAUUCUGGCACAUAAUGCGGAGUAACAGAAUUUGAGAUUUCAUGGUGCCACAUGGACUGGAUUUUACGAGAUACUGUUGUAGAGAAAGUGACUUUUCUAUGCAAUGUAGACAAAUGCAGUGAAAAACUAUUAAGGCAAUAAACAAUUAUGAAUUUGUAUAAUAUAUCAGUGCUAGAGCUUUUAGACUAGUAGAGGCCAGUUAGAUGAUUGUGGACAUUGGAAAUAUUGACAAGUUGGGCUUCCUUUGAAAUCAGUUAACAGGAUUGUUGCGUAUCAAAAAUCAAGGUGUUUGUAUGUUCGAGGAGAUAUAGGAAUUGUUUGAACUCUGUAUCAUAGAUGAUAAACAGCUUACAUAAAUUCUGUUCAAAUGCUGUAGAAGGUGUGGCAUGUUCAAAACAUUUGUGUUAUUUCAUAAUUUAAUUGCGAAGAUGUUAAACAGCAUAUUUAUAUACAGUUAAGAUAGUACGGAAACGAGGCUUAACCAGUCUUCACAGUUUUAAUGCUAGUUAUUCAUGCAGAUAAUAAACCUUGUGUAAAUGUUAUGAAAAAGUAGACAAGUCCUUUGUGAAGUGAUGACCUGUUAAUUUUAAUGUAAGUUCAAAAGUUGCUUAAAACCAGACAAUUCAGAUCAGAAAAGGAAAAUUACUCUUUCUGUUGUGUUUAAUUUUGAGUCAUUAUGUUCAGUUGUAAUGCAAACCCAGAUGCAGAAGAUGACAUAAGUUAAACUUUGUUUCCGUAAAGGAAAUUUAGACGUGCACACAUUGCCAGUGCUGUAAUGAAAUUUAAGACUUACAUGUGAUAACAGUUAUGUUCAAAUUCAGUUGGGAGUUAACAGAAAACGAGACCUGUCAACAACUUUAUAGUUGUAACUUGGAAACAAUCACCCUUCUGUUUAAAUUAAGUUCAAACAUCAAUGUAGACACAUUCAAAAGUUUUCACGAGUUUACAUAUGAUAGUGAAAAAACUUAUCAAGUCAUAGUGCUCUUACCAUUGUACAUUUUUUCCACUUUAUAAAAGUGCUUGUUGUUAAAAAAAUACAUAUUUUUUUACAUCAUCUAUUUCAUAUAUUUAUAUAGUUCUGUAAAUCAUGUGUAAUGUAUGUUCAGUCAGCAUUUCAUUUCUCAGUAUGUCCGUUCAGUUAUUAUUUUCAUUAUAUUUACUUUUUUUUAAAAAACAUGAUAGCAAAAUAUAUUUUAAAAUUUUGUGGAGCGAGAAAUUCUGUGGUUUUGGGGGGAAAAACAGCUAUUUUGAGUGUACAUUAACAUUCAUAUUUCACCCUUUGAACAUACAUGUAGAUGAAUUGGAAUAUAACUUGUUAUUUUGGAUUUAAUUUUAUGGAUUGACUCUACCACAAAAUCCAAAGAAAUUUUCCGUUCAGGAAUGUUCUUGAUUUUACGGUAAAAAUCGUAAGUCAGUAUUAUUUAAGGUAGUGUACAGGUACUGACAAUCAGUAACUUUUGUUCAAGUACAUAAGAUAUGCUUUAUUCAGCUUGUUGGAUUUCACUCUCUGUUUUUAUGGGAAGUCAUUUGAUUAGUGGGCUACAUCAACGGCGAAAGAAUGACGAAAUAGCAAAGGCAAACACGUUAAUGCACAGAAAUUACUGGUCAUUAUUAUGGCUCCACCACAUUAAGUUGAUUCUAAAAUGUAUAGUGUAAAACAGAUAUUUAAGUUCUUUCUCUUUUACACAAGACUAAUGCUUAAGACUUCUCUACAUACCAACUGACUACAUGAAGUAAUUACAAGUUCAUUUAAUUUCAAAAAAAAAAAUGCAAAUUUUAAGGUAAUGGACCAGUAUGGACAAUAAGCAAUUCUUGUGCAUUUUCGUGUCAUCAUAUGCUAUUUCAGCGUCCUUUGGCCAGAGAAAAAAAAGUUACUAUUCCAUAUCAACCGGAGAAUGACAAAAGCACAUAUCGUGGGCUGAGCGCGAAACUAUUGUAACUGUAUAUGAAUAAAGAACAAGAUACAAUAGUUUCGCGCUCAGCCCCCGAUAUGGAGGACAUGGUCUCGAACAGAAAACACCAGUUGUCACUACAGGUCCAUUACCUUGAAUCUGGAUGCUUUCCCCUUUUAAACUUUAUAUUAUAUCAACAAUUAUGUCCAGUUGAAUGGGCUAUGUUAAAGCUUGAACUACACUUGAUGAAAGAUUAAAUGGACUUAAAGAUGUGUACUGAAACCUUGAUUAAAUUGACGUUAAUGUUGUGAAGAAAUGCAAAUGAUGAAAAGAUUGUCAAGAUUUGAAGUCCAUAAUGAAAUAAAAAAUUUAGUUUGUUGAUAUAUUAUGGCCUAAGUGUCUUGUUCUAUUUAUGCACUGUUGUAGGCGUAACUGAUAUUAGCCAUUCAUUUGUUAUUUUGUUGAGAAUGGCUUAAUUUUAUAUUUACAAGAGGUAUACAUGUGUACUCCUGUUAUUCCUAAUUUAUCAAGUCACAUGUCCACUUCCAUGUUACACAAGUCUUCCAGCUUGGCAGGAAAUAGUACACACAGAUAGUACUUUGAGUAAUAAGUAGUAAGUUAGAAGUAUUGAAACCAACACAAGUCGGGGGUUGUGGUAGUUCUUUUAUCUCUUGAACCUUUACCCUGCUAAAUUUCUAAAAUGAACUUGUCCAUUAUUGUACCCCCUGACAACAAAGUUGUAAGAGGGGGUAUACUGGUUUCAGGUUGUCUGUCUGUCUGUCUGUCCGUCUGUCCGUAGACGCAAUCUUGUGCGCACCAUCUCUCCUUAUCCCCUUGACAGAAUUUAAUGAAACUUCACACAAGUGAUCAGUACCAACAGUAGUUGUGCAUGGGGCAAGUUAGGUUCUUUUAGAAAAAAAAUUUGCAUAGUUAUGGGACUUUGUUUUUUGUUACUAUACUAUAUACAUAGACACAAUCUUGUGCGCACCAUCUCUCCUCAUCCCCUUGACACAAUUUAAUGAAACUUCACAGAAGUGAUCAGUA